GGCAGCCAGGCAGGAUAGUUUUUCUAAGGUUUCCGUGGACCGCCGUCCGUUUUUGCGCCCCCUGGUGAGCAGACAUCCCAGCCAGGGAAAACAGCAAUGCUGUCUCUGCUUCGGACCCUCCGCCAUCACGGCGACGAGGUCACCUGCGUCUCCUUCUCCCCGUCGCACCUGGCCACGGCCUCCGCUGAUAAAACCCUGCGCGUCUACGACGCCGCGGACUUCCAGGAGCUGCCCUGCUCCCCGCUGGCGGCUCACAACUACGGGGUUCCCUGCUGCCGCUUCAGCCCCUGCGGCGGCCAGCUGCUCAGCUGCUCCGCGGACGGCGUGCUGAAGGUGUGGCGGCCCGCCACAGGUGAGCUGCUGGCCGCCCUGCAGCACCCCCAACGCAGCCCGCUCAGAGCAUGCGCAGUGGCGCCGGGCUCCGGCCUCCUGCUGGCCGGCGCCUGCGACGGCUCCGCCGCUCUGUGGGACUUCCCCUCCGGGAGCCUGCGCAGAUGCAGUGCAGUAAGCGAGGCCAGUGUUGUCGCCUGCUGUUUCUCGCCAUGUGGCCAGAUGUUCGUGACCGGCUGCAGCCACGGAGACCUCAAGCUCUGGGAUGUGGACGUCAUCCUUCAGCACGCUGAGAAGGACGCCCACGACCUGGGAGUCACGUGUUGCAGUUUUGCUCCCCAGUUCAAAGUUGGUGACGGCUGCGUGGAGGUGCGGCUGGCCUCCAGCGGACAGGACAGCAAGCUGAAAAUAUGGAUGACUUCCCAGAGUGAAGGAGCAGCCUGGGUCAUGAAGCUGCUCCACACUCUCACCGGUCAGGCAGCUCCAGUUCUGUCCUGCACUUUCUCCUCUGACGGAGAUCUGGUCGUCUCAGGAUCGGUGGAUAAAAGUGUGACGAUCUAUGAUGCGAACCUGGGAACCCUGCUCCACACUUUGAAACAACAUGACAGAUAUGUGACGGCUGUUGCUGUGUCUCCCACCUCCGGAUUGAUUGCAACCGGGUCCAUGGACAGAUCAGUAAACGUGUGGAGAAUGGGUGACGAAGAAGCUGUGUCUGAAUCACAGCAGGAAUCAUGUCAAGGAAGGAAGUUGCCCGGUCACUCCAGCUUGCUGCUCGCUGAUUGGACUGAGCAGGAUGUGCAGACCUGGCUGUCUGACGAGGGACUGCAGGAGCUUGUUAGUAUCUUUCAGGCCAACAACAUCGACGGAGCAGAGCUUAACCAGCUGAGCAGGGAAACGCUGGCCGAGCUGGGAAUCGAGUCUGUGGGCCUCCGCGGUCGUCUCCUGAGGAAAAUCGGCGCCCUGAAGGGAGAGCAGAGCAGCUCCGAGGCCCCUGAUGAGUUCAUGUGUCCCAUCACCAGAGAGCUGAUGAGGGAUCCGGUCAUCGCUGCAGACGGGUAUUCUUAUGAGCGGGACGCCAUCGAGGGCUGGGUCCGGGGAAAGCACAAGACCAGCCCCAUGACCAACCUGCCCCUGCAGACGACGCUCCUCACCCCCAACAGAUCCCUGAAGACGGCCAUAACACGCUGGAAAUCGAGUCAGGCGACAAGCAGCUAGUUCUAGAUUAUCACAAGCCAAAUACAGAG